AUUGGUGCCAAUGGGAAUGAGAUGUGAAUGGAUUGGUUGGGUAAUCAGUUGCUUGUAGUGAUUGAAUGUCACUUGAGUAUUCAGUCACUUGACAACUCACUCAGUCUAAAUUUACCCCUUGAACCAAAUCUGACUUUCUGAGUGUCACUGAUUGUGUACUCAUAUACCACUCUCUAUCUCUCUCUGACUGUCUCGCUAAUCGUAUCUUCAACUCAACUCUGUUCAAAACCACUCAUAUCAAAAUGUCCUCAGCUUCAGAUCAGGCUGGAUUUCAAUCAACCACAACUGUGAUCACCAGUACAACCACUACCACUGCUAUCACCAAACCUUCUAUUCCUUCACAUCCAACUAUCGCCUCCUCAGCAUCUGUCUUUAGUCGCAUGUCAUUGGAGGAUGUUCUUGAAGAUCUAGCUUCUCGAUUUAUUCUCAACUUACCCCCUGUUGAGCUUUCUCAAAUCGAACGUGUUUGCUUUCAAGUCGAACAGGCGCAUUGGUUUUAUGAGGAUUUUGUUCGACCCAACAGUUCAUUACGUUUACCUUCAUACAAUCUCAAAACCUUUACUCGACUGUUUUUCGAGAAAUGCGAUUUCUUAAGAACCGAAGGCGCUCCACUCUCUGGAUGGGACCCGUUCUUUCUGAGGUACAAAGAGCGUGUUCCGGUCUGCGGAGCAAUCAUCUUGAAUUCGGAUGCUAGUAAGGUUCUUCUUGUCAAAGGCUAUAAAGCAAACUCUUCCUGGUCCUUUCCACGUGGAAAAAUCAAUGAAAAUGAACAACCACGAGAUUGUGCGAUUCGUGAAGUACUUGAAGAAACUGGUUUUGACAUCACAUCACAUAUGUGGGAUGAUCACUUUAUUGAAAUCAUGAUCAGGGAACAAAAAUUAAGAAUGUACCUUGUCACUGGGAUACCUGAUGAGACUGUCUUUGAAACUCAGACUCGCCAAGAAAUCAGUGCAAUCGCUUGGUUUCCUCUCGCAGACCUCCCUACUUUCACAUCGGAAGCUUUUUCACCCAAGAGACCUUCCUCUAAUUGGUCGAACAUUCCCCCGCAGCACCUGACCGAACCCGAUAUCCACGGUUUCCGAGCUUCCGCCAAGUUCUAUAUGGUUGUACCUUUUGUCAGGUAG